GCGAACCUGACAGACAAAUCCUGGGUUAAUACACAAACAAAGCUAUUGCACUGUUCGUCCUGAUGCUAGCUUCUUGUCCCCAAUAACCCGCAACAGACGAAAGGAACGACUGUGAACGAUUUUUACUGGUAAUGCGUUGAGGCACAGAUGGCAUCGACAGAGCGUGCCACCGAGGGUGAUCCUCUCAGGACAGAAGAUGGAGCAGAAACGGCACCACCGGCAUCGGAGCAGAGGGAUUCUAUCAAAUACGUUGAUGUCCCCAAACGGACCCACUGGAGAACAGCAAUCUUUUUCCUGUCACUGUUCCUUUGCCUCACCAUCGUGUUUGCCUUCUCCUUCAUCCUCCCCUGUCCCGUAAGAGCCCAAUACCUCAAAACCUGGAACAGGACUUUCUCUGACGCAGCAACCUAUGACUUCCUGGCUAUUGAACAUGCAAGCAGUGAUCAUGUGGUGGAUAUUCUGUUUGUCCUCAAAAACACAGAAGGUUCAAAGAACAACUCAUGUGCAGAUGCAGGACUACGCUCGCCAUGUCUGUUUUUUAUCGGGGUGGACGGCACAAAGGGAGAGACGCUGUGGGAGACGCCGCUGGAAGCUGAGUUCUACUGGGCCCAGUGUGGUCAGCAGAAAGAAGCAGAGAAAAGCUGGCACUGCCUCCUGUCUCACUCACACAACCUUACAGCCAUCGACAAAUACACCGGUAAAGUCAUUUGGCAGCAGCCGCAGCCAACAGGUCUGCAGAGCUCCUUGCCUUUUCUCACUGUCCCAGAUCUUGAUGGGGACAAAGUCAGUGAUGUGCUUCUAGUGGCCUCUAACAGCACUCAGACUCAGCUGGUUCUCCUCUCAGGAAAGACGGGGGUCCAGAUGGGUUCCACCGUGGUUCUUAAUUUUACUGACACGGUCAGCCACGUUCUCCAUCGCACAAAAGACGGUUCUUAUUACAUACUGUUACAAAAAGACACUGGCGUGUAUGGACUGGCUCUUUGGCGGAUUGCUGGAAAGGCGGGGUUGAAAGUGGAUCUUAUAAAGGACAAACACCUGGAGAAAAAUACUAGUGACUCAGCUCCCCUCAUACCCAUCUUUGAGUUUAACGGAGUGAGCGUGCUCCGGACUAAAAAGACAAGCGAUCCAUCCGACAUGCUGGUCGUGACUUCAAACGGGGUGGUGUUAAUUGAUGGCAACAAACUCCAGCCAAGGUGGAGAUUCAACACCAGUGCAGUCGUCAGUGAGCUCUCUUUUGGUCACUUUAAUAAAGAUGAGAUUCUCGACGUUGUAGUUGAAGACAACACAGGCAACAAUACAAAAAGAGUUGUUAUCCUAGAUGGUCAGUCCGGUGACGUUCUGUGGGAGGUUGACCUUUUGGCUGUGUCUAACUCUCCAAGGCCUGGGUCUGUGUACACAACCAAGUCCAUCUCAGUCUUCAUGUUUUGGGGUCUGAUGCCCUCAAACAGUUCUGAAUCUUUAGUGGGUAACCGCUGCUCUUACAUGCUGCUUCCUCACUAUCCUAAAGUCCUUCUGGAGUACUCUAAUGUCAUGGAGCACAUUAUAGCAUUCAAAGCCACACUCAUGGAACUUGGACGCCAUGCUGCCUACAUCCUGCUAACGGGGCCUCAGACGGAGGGAGCCAGUGGGACUGUAGUCCUCACUAAGCGCAAGCUGAAGCAGGACGUCACCUUAUCUAACGUACUGCGAAUCGGCUCUGUCGAAGAUUCAGAAACCAACGAGGCCAUCAAAGAGGCCUUCAAUAGACUCCGCUUCAGUAGUCAAUGAGCGAAUGUGCUGAAACAAAACCUUAAGCCUGGACCUAAGACUUUCCAACUGCUGACCACUAAAGAGAAUCCCUCCUGUUUAGAGGAUAUUUCUGACUAUGCUCUUUCAUCACCAGGAAUACUUGAUUUUAGAUUCAGCUGCUAUAGAUGCUGUCAGAAGCACAAGUAGCCGCUGUUCACUGAUGAUUACUCUGUGCAGAUUGCUGUUCUCCUGCUGAAAAAUCUCUGAAAUGUGCCUUGCUGGUUUCUUUCUUGCACUUUACUUCAUAGAUGCUGGGCACUGACCUUCAAAAGUUGGGCUGUGAUUUGGACUAAUGCUAGCAUGUGCUGCUUUAAGGGCAGCCAGCUCUUGGUUUUCUAAAUAGCAGACAGUUCUUACACACGUAAGGAAGUGUUGAAAUUGUUGGGACAACAAAAGGCAUUUAAAGGUUUGGAUGCUAGCAUGGGUCCUAACCUUCACUGGUGCUGUAAGUUCAAGUGCUAAAGUGAAUGUGAUGGAUUUAGAAAGUCAGCCUUCUUAAAAGAGAUUUCAUACAGAAGGCUGUAUAAAGCCAUAUUGCAGGGCAAUACUUACGGAGUAAUGGCUGUUUUUUUCCCCUAAAGGUCCCAUGUGCAAAAACUUGCCGGGUUAAAACCAUUUAAGUUAGAGAAACUGAAUUAUGACUUUUUAGUCUUCAUUCAAGGCUCUUCAAAACCUUGUUUCUUGUUUAAACUUAAAACUUUCCACCCAAAAAAAUAUUUUUACCUUCUUUUUCAAUUCUAAACUACUUAAUUUCAGCAUUUGUUUUUUUAAAGUAAUUCUCAUUCCCUGAAAAUCUCAUUUCAGUUUUGACAGAGAAAAAGCAGUUUGCAUCACAAUAGUUUAUAUUAUCUGUUAUAUUAAGCUGUUUUUUUGGAGGGGGGGGGGUCAUUUUUCAUACUUGAGUAUGAAAAAAUGAGUAAAAAUGUUUAUUUUUGUUUCUUCAAAUCUAUUGAUCCUGUGAAAUCUGCCUUAAGUAAAACUGACAUUUCACCUGAUUUUCCAAAUAAAAAAUUUAUUUUAAGUUUAA